CAAUUUUCUUUCUCCAUUAAAUAAAAAACACAAUCACUCAGCUCUCCUCCUCCUCCUCCUCCUCCUACCCCCAGCUCUCUCUCUAAAACCCUCUCCUAUUCCUCUUCAAAAGACUCAGAUCUGAAGCUUACGCCAUUAUUAACUCCACUCUCUAGUUUUCCAUUCCUGGAUUUGUGGUGGAGUUGAUAUAGUUAAUUAAUUAAUGGCAAAGUCGCGGCAGCAUUAUUCAACACACGAUGCAGCUCUUUCACCCACUGGUGUAAGAUCGAGGGAAUGGGAGGGUCCAUCGAGAUGGACUGAGUAUUUGGGUCCUGAUUUGAGUUCGCCAAUGGCAUCGAGGUUGUCUAGGAAUAAGGUAGGUUCAGAUGGACAGGUUCAGAGUUCGGGUGGUGGAUCUCAUAAGGGUUUGAAUUUGCAAUGGGUAGUUCAACUUACUGAAGUAGCUGAAGGUCUUAUGGCGAAAAUGUAUAGAUUGAAUCAAAUUUUGGAUUUCCCGGAUCCAGUUGGUCACUUGUUUUCAGAAUCGUUUUGGAAAGCGGGUGUGUUCCCGAAUUAUCCGAGGAUUUGCUUAUUGCUUUCUAAAAAGUUUCCGGAGCAUUUCAGUAAAUUGCAGCUUGAAAGGGUUGACAAGGUUGCUUUGGAUGCUUUGAAUGAUGGUGCAGAAGUUCAUUUGCAGAGUUUAGAGCCUUGGGUUCAGUUACUUCUUGACCUGAUGGCAUUCCGAGAACAAGCUCUGCGACUCAUAUUGGAUUUAAGUAGUACUGUUAUUACCUUGUUGCCUCAUCAGAACUCGCUUAUACUGCAUGCAUUUAUGGAUCUCUUUUGUUCCUUUGUACGUGUUAAUCUUUUAUCUGAGAAGAUACCAAGGAAAAUGAUGUUGCAAAUGUAUAACCUUCUGCAUGCCAUGUCAAGAAAUGACAGAGACUGUGAUUUCUAUCAUCGGUUGGUUCAAUUUAUAGAUUCUUAUGAUCCACCAUUGAAAGGGUUACAAGAAGAUCUAAAUUUUGUCAGUCCACGUAUUGGAGAGGUUUUAGAGGCUGUAGGCCCUAUCAUUUUCCUAUCUACAGAUACAAGGAAACUCAGAAAUGAGGGAUUCCUAAGUCCAUAUCACCCUCGGUAUCCAGAUAUACUAACAAAUUCUGCUCAUCCUAUGAGAGCCCAAGACCUAGCAAAUGUUACUUCUUACAGGGAAUGGGUGUUACUUGGAUAUCUUGUUUGUCCCAAUGAGCUGCUUCGUGUCACUAGCAUUGAUAUUGCUCUGGUCGUACUGAAGGAAAAUUUGAUACUUGCAGUAUUCAGGGAUGAGGUGAGUAGCACUGUCAAUUGUCCAGACGGUGUUCUCUGGUUACAAUGGCUGAUUUUUAUCAAAAUCUUGAACAUGCAGUAUGUACUAUUGCACGAGGAUUAUCAGUUAUAUGUUUUGCCUCAAAUAUUAGAGUCGAAGAAGAUGGCCAAAUCUGGGCGCACUAAGCAAAAGGAGGCAGAUCUCGAGUACAGUGUGGCCAAGCAGGUUGAAAAAAUGAUAAGUGAAGUGCACGAGCAAGCACUUCUAUCUUGUGAUGCCAUUCACCAUGAGAGGAGAAUAUUAUUAAAACAGGAAAUUGGAAGAAUGGUACUGUUUUUUACUGACCAGCCAAGUUUAUUGGCACCAAACAUCCAGAUGGUAUUCUCUGCCCUGGCUUUGGCACAGUCUGAGGUUAUCUGGUAUUUCCAACAUGUAGGAAUUGCAUCAUCAAAAUCUAAAGCUUCUCGAGCAGUACCAGUUGACAUAGAUCCAAAUGAUCCUACUAUUGGCUUUUUACUUGAUGGAAUGGAUCAUCUGUGCUGUCUUGUGCGGAAGUAUAUUGCAGCUAUCAGAGGCUAUGCAUUAUCAUACCUGUCUUCAUGUGCUGGUAGAAUCCGGUUUUUGCUGGGAACUCCAGGAAUGGUGGCUCUUGACCUUGAUGCUAGCUUAAAAGGGCUUUUCCAGCAGAUUGUUAAGCAUUUGGAAAACAUACCAAAACUGCAGGGUGAAAAUAUUUCCGCCAUCACAUGUGAUUUAUCUGAGUUUCGUAAAGAUUGGUUGUCAAUAUUGAUGAUUGUAACAUCCGCUAGAUCAUCCAUAAACAUAAGACACCUGGAGAAAGCUACUGUAUCUACUGGAAAAGAAGGAUUACUGUCAGAAGGAAAUGCUGCAUACAAUUGGUCCAGAUGUGUUGAUGAACUAGAAUCUCAAUUAUCAAAGCAUGGAAGUCUAAAGAAGCUGUAUUUCUAUCACCAGCAUCUUACAGCAGUCUUUCGGAAUACCAUGUUUGGACCAGAAGGGCGUCCUCAACAUUGCUGUGCAUGGCUUGGUGUUGCUAGUAGCUUUCCAGAGUGUGCUUCUCCAAUUGUUCCGGAAGAGGUAACUAAAAUUGGGCGUGAUGCAGUCCUAUAUGUUGAGUCUCUUAUUGAAUCUAUCAUGGGAGGAUUGGAGGGAUUGAUCAAUAUUCUUGAUUCCGAAGGAGGAUUUGGUGCCUUAGAGACUCAGCUUCUUCCAGAGCAGGCAGCUUUUUAUUUGAAUAACGCAUCCAGAGUUUCAAUUCCUACAUCAAAAUCUCCCAGGGGAGCAGUUGGUUUUCCAUUGCCCGGCCAUGAGAGUUAUCCUGAAAACAAUAGUGCUAUAAAAAUGUUGGAAGCUGCGAUGCAAAGGUUGACCAACUUGUGUUCAGUUCUGAAUGAUAUGGAGCCUAUAUGUGUUCUAAACCAUGUAUUUGUUCUGAGGGAGUACAUGAGAGAGGGCAUACUUGGCAACUUCAGGAGGAGAUUGCUUUCAGUAUUAAAAACUGACAAUGAUCUUCAACGGCCUUCUGUCCUAGAGUCCUUGAUUCACAGGCACCUGAGCAUUGUCCAUCUAGCAGAGCAACACAUCAGCAUGGACCUUACUCAUGGUAUUCGAGAAGUUCUACUAACUGAGGCCUUCUCAGGACCUGUGUCUUCUCUGCAAUUGUUUGAAAAACCAGCAGAGCAGCUUACUGGGUCAGCCACUGAAGUUGUCUGCAACUGGUAUAUAGAUAACAUUGUCAAAGAUGUAUCAGGUGCUGGGAUCCUUUUUACACCAAUCCACAAAUGCUUUAAAAGCACAAGGCCUGUCGGUGGAUAUUUUGCGGAAUCAGUCACUGAUCUCAGAGAACUACAAGCCUUUGUUCGUGUAUUUGGUGGCUAUGGAGUUGACAGGCUAGACAGAAUGAUGAAAGAACACACAGCAGCACUAUUGAAUUGCAUUGACACAUCAUUACGGUCAAACCGUGAAGUGUUAGAGGCUGUUGCAGGCAGCAUGCAUUCUGGUGACAGAAUAGAAAGAGAGGCAUGCUCGAGGCAGAUGGUGGACUUGGACACAGUGAUUGGAUUUUGCGUUGAGGGAGGACAAGCACUUGCUUUUGAUCAGCUUCUUGCUGAAGCUGCUGGGGUCGUGCUUGAUGAAGGUGCACCAUUGAUAUAUUCAUUACUUUCUGGGGUGGUUAAGCAUAUACCUGAAGAAAUACCUGAAAAGAAGGACAUUAGAAGAAUAAGAGGGGUGGCAAACAGUGUUAAUAUAGUUGGAGAUCAUGAUUCUGAAUGGAUCAGAUCAAUUUUGGAAGAUGUUGGGGGUGCAAAUGAUGGUUCUUGGACAUUGUUGCCUUAUUUAUUUGCCACCUUCAUGACAUCAAAUAUAUGGAAUACUACUGGCUUCAAUGUUGACACUGGGGGCUUCAACAAUAAUAUCCAUUGUCUGGCAAGGUGCAUGAGUGCUGUGAUUGCAGGAAGUGAGUUAGUGAGAUUGGAACGUGAACAUCAGCAGAGACAGUCUCUCUCUAAUGGUCAUCUUGGUGAGGCUUUGGAUCCUGAAAUACAUAGCCGUUUGUCUGCUGAAGCAAGUAUAAAGUCUGCAAUGCAACUUUUUGUCAAAUUUGCUUCUGGUAUUGUGUUGGAUUCUUGGAGUGAAGCUAAUAGAUCUCAUCUUGUUGCAAAGCUGAUUUUCUUGGACCAACUUUGUGAGAUCUCGCCUUACCUUCCAAGAAGCUCCCUCGAAGCCUAUGUUCCUUACGCAAUUCUCCGCUCAGUUUAUAGCCAGUACUACAUGAAAUCUCCAUCCAUGCCUCUGGCACUACUAAGUGUCUCACCCCACCAUUCACCUGCCAUAUCACUAUCUCACGCCUCUCCUGCAGCAAAGCAUCCUCGUGGGGACUCAACUCCACAGCAUAGCGGCAAUGACUCAGGUUUUUUUAAGGGAUCAUCAUCCCAUAGCCAGGAACACCUUUAUGAUAUGGAUAGUGGAAGCCUGCGCAGCAUGGACAGUAAACAUCGAAAUGUUCGCCGCUCCGGGCCUUUGGAUUAUAGUUCAAGCAGAAAAGUUAAAUUUGUUGAAGGCUCAACUUCAGGGAGCACAGGUCCGAGUCCACUACCGCGGUUUGCCGUGUCAAGAUCUGGGCCGUUAAUGUACAAGUAGAAAACGGUUAACAAUUGCAGGGUCGUGAGGGUUGAUAAAUUAUGAGCAUCUCAUCAAUCAUCAGUUAUAUAUAAUUGUUAAUCUAGCAGACAAGGUUGGCAUUAUGUAAAUGUCAUAAAUUCUUUGUUUUUAUCUUGUUCUUAGCCGUACUGCCCCUAAUCAUAUAAAUUAAUGUCCGCUGUGAGAGUUCAACGUGGUUAAUUUAAUUCCUCAGUCUGUUGAUCAGCAUUUCAAGA